UUUCCCUUGCUCUUAUGACAUUUUUUCUUUUCGAGGUUCACCAAGCAGAUGCAGAGUUGUGCUUUGCCAAGAGAUCAAGCUGUUUCUGCCCGGCCUUGCAGCCUGAACACCGACUAACAAAUUUCGGUGGACCCGACCUUCUUAAAUGCCAGCUGGGAGGCUGCGGUACAAAAUCAGGACCUGGAACAAUCAUCUCGCUUAUUUGUGAUACCACAGCUAGGAGGAAGAAGCCCUGUGGAGAAAGAAGAUGGAGCAGCAUCUCCAGAGGACACCUGAAUUAGCCUCACAGGCAUCUGCCUGGCACUGAAUCCAGGCCCUAGUCAGGUUUAGAUGUCAACACAGCAGUGCUGACUUGAAAAUCAAGAUCUUCAUGAAAAUAAAGCUGUAUACAAAAACCUCAAGAAGUCAAAGAGCUUUUACUUGGAUUUCAAUGUUCCUGUGUCUUCAGGCAGUGGGAACUUCACUGGAAACUUCACUGGAUUGCUACAACCUGUCAAAUGUGGCUUAGACACUUGUUUCCCACAAGAUGCACGGAUGUGUCUCGUCAUCUCCCAUGGAGUUGGGCACCUUCAGCCCCCUUGGAUGGUCCUGUACCUGAUCCUCUCCUCAUUCUCCCACUCCUGCCUUUGCCUCCUGUGACUCAGGCAGUGUGGAUGGAGCACUUGCUGGUGAAGAUCAAGAAAUGAAUAUGGCAAAACUUGUGACAGCAACUUGAUUUUUAAUUUGCUUGCACAGGCUGGAAACAUGCUAGAAAGCACCCUUGUGCCAGAGAAGAAACAUGGACAUCAGUUCAGUUGCAGGUACUCCUCUUAGUACGUGGAGUAAUAAUUAAUGUGACUCUUGAGUGUGUGAGAAAUCUUUUUGUAAAAAUUACAUGACAGGUCUGGUGAUGCAAAGACUUUUUUACUCUUGGUUUCUCUAUUCUGUGAGGAAAUUUUCGUUAUUUUCCUAACUGUAGAGGUCUUCAUUGCUGGUAGCAUUUCCUGACUUAACACUAGAACAAAAGUUAUGGCAAAUCAAGAGUGGAAAAAUGGAACAGUUGUUACAGAGUUCAUCCUCCUAGAUUUUGGGAAUGGCCCUGAACUGGAUUGUUUUCUCUUCCUGAUGUUUCUGUCGAUCUACUUGGUGACCAUAACUGGGAACACGUGCGUCGUUGUGCUGGUGGUGGUUAACCAGCACCUCCACACCCCAAUGUACUUCUUCCUGGGCAAUUUGGCCUGCUUGGAAAUCUGCUACAGCUCCAAUAUCUUGCCAAGGAUGUUGCUCAGCUACGCAGGUGGAGACAGGCGCAUUUCAGUCAGGGGGUGUUUCACACAGUACUAUUUCUUCGGCUGCCUGGCAGGUGCAGAGUGUUACCUGCUGGCCGCGAUGUCCUACGACCGGUACCUGGCGGUGUGUGAGCCCCUGCACUACCCAUCCCGCAUGGACACCAAGCUCUGCCUCCGCCUGGGCGCUGCGUCCUGGGUCAGUGGCUUUCUGUCCAAUUCCAUACUGACGUUCCUGAUCUCAAAUUUGGAUUUCUGUGGGCCGAAUGAAAUCGACCACUUUUUCUGCGACUCCUUCCCGGUGAUGAAACUCUCUUGCAGCGACACGCGGGUGGCGGGAUUUGUCACUUCUGUCGUGGCAGGUGUGUGCUCGCUGCCUCCAUUCCUGUUGACCUUCUCAUCCUAUCUCCACAUCAUUGCCACAGUCGUGAGAAUUCCUUCUGCCACUGGAAGGAAAAAGGCCUUUUCCACUUGCUCCUCACAUCUGAUUGUGGUGAUUCUUUUUUACUGGUCAAUAGUAGUUGUCUACAUACUCCCUUUUCACGAUACCCACAUACUGCCAAACAAAGUCUUCUCUGCUUUUUACACCAUUCUCACCCCCUUGGUCAACCCUCUCAUCUACAGUCUGAGAAACAAAGAAAUAAAGAAAGCUCUGCAGAAGCAUAUGAGAAAAUUGCUGGCUUUCUGAAGGCCGCUUUCUGUAACAAAAAAUAAGGGGUAAUGAUCCUUAAUGAGUUACAGACACAAUUACAUUGCGUGUGAAUGUAGUUAGUGUGAAUAAAGCUUGGAAAUAUGUAGGUGUAUCUCUUAAAAAAAUAUAACCAGAGGAACAAAAUGGGUAAAUAAUCUUGCUAUCAGUGGGGGGGGGUGGUCUGGGGAGAGAUAAAGAAUAUGCGGUGUGCACUGUAAAGUAAGCAAAAUAAAUCUAUGAAUGUCAUUAU